AGCGGCGGAGUGGUUUGACGGGCAGUCGAGGUUGCAGCAGGCAGAGGGAGACGGUGGAAGGUAAAGCAGGGAGGCAGCAUCAUGGCGGACAGAGACAGUGGCAGUGACCACGGAGGGCCGGCCGCAGGCCCCGGCUCGCUGCCUCCGGGUGCGAUGGGCGCCAUGUCCCGGCUGCAGCACGACACCGAGGAGCUCGCCUCGAAGCGCGUCGACAUCCAAAACAAGCGCUUCUACCUUGACGUGAAGCAGAAUGUUAAAGGCCGCUUCCUAAAGAUAGCCGAGGUCGGGGCUGGGGGAAAUAAGAGCCGCCUCACUCUCUCUAUGUCGGUUGCCGUGGAGUUCCGCGAUUAUCUCGGGGACUUUAUCGAACAUUACGCCCAGCUAGGCCCGACCAACCCGGACAUAGUGCAAGAUGAGCCCCGGCGGGCGCUCAAGAGCGAAUUCCUGGUGCGGGAGAAUCGGAAAUAUUACAUGGAUCUGAAAGAGAACCAGAGGGGGCGGUUCCUAAGGAUCCGUCAGACCGUUAAUCGGGGGCCCGGAUUGGGAAGCGCUCAAGGCCAGACCAUCGCUCUGCCGGCGCAGGGUCUCAUCGAGUUCCGCGACGCUUUGGCCAAACUCAUCGACGACUACGGCGUGGACGAGGAGCCGGCGGAGCUCCCGGAGGGCACCUCGCUUACGGUCGACAACAAGCGCUUCUUCUUCGACGUGGGCUCCAACAAGUACGGGGUCUUCAUGCGGGUCAGCGAGGUGAAGCCCACGUACCGGAACUCCAUCACGGUUCCGUGCAAAGUGUGGUCCAAAUUCGGCAACACCUUCUGUAAAUACGCGGAGGAGAUGAGGAAGAUCCAGGAGAGGAGUAGAGAGAAACGGGCCUCCGAACUGCUACCCGAGGGCCCGCACGGAGGAGAUGACGGCGACGACGACUGACCUUAAGAGAGCAGACGAGAAACAACAAAGACUAAACUGAACUCUGAAAGAAAACGAGACUUUUAACUGUAAAAUAGAACGAGAAUUUCCAAGGGAAUCACCCCACACACACAACCUCCACAGACAUGGCAGCAGCUCUGCUGCCUCCUCGCUCAUUUUACUGGAUGUCACACCACUUACCACCCAUGUAACAGUACGCCGCUGCUAUCAAGGAUCGAACUGUAAGAUAUGAACUGUUUCCUACUUGAUUUAAAUGACAAUGAGCAGAGUGUUUAUAUCUCUAUCAAACGACAGAUUUUGCACACAUCAAAGCUAUUUCGAGAAAAAAGAAAAAUCAUGUUUAAAUGUUUUCAAACUGGUAAUAUACUAAGAUUUAAUCAAAAGUGAAACCAGAGGUCUAUUAUAUAAAAAUGACGAAUAUUUGACAUCAGCACAAAGAGAGUAUAUUAUGGACUUUAUGAAACCAAAAUCUGAGACCAGAUGUAUAGUUUAUUAUAAAGGUACGCAGAAUAAAUAUGAAAGCGCUCUAAAAGUGUAUGAAUUGCAGAACGCAGCACUACAGGCCUGUAAACACCUGUCAGCAUGUGUGUAGGCCCGUGUUUUGAAAAGAAGUUUGGCAAAGAUAGGCUCUCGUCUUUAAUCUGACCUAAAGCCUGCAGGCUAAUGAAAGCCUUUCUAUCAUGCCGUUAUGGAAAGAAUCCAAAAUAAAAAAGCCUGUUUUGCGCGCCUCAAACAAAUGAGAUAAACCUAUCUCUGAGCUACUAUAUAGAAUAUCAACCCUCUUGCACCAUGUCCAUAUAAACUUAAUUGAAAAAAAGUGCUGACUUAGAUGUACUCAUUAUGAUUUUGUGAAUCAGCUGUGAAAAAAAAAAUCCUUAUCAAUUAAGAUUCCCACGUUUUCUGUGGGUUAAGUUUUUUCUUUGUUACUUUGUUGUUUUUCCCUCUGGGGGAGGGUGGGGGAUGCAAAAGGAUAAAGGUCCACCUGUGGGAGCGCAAAGGCGUGGAAACAAAAAAAAUAAAAAAUGAGACGCGUCCGCAUCCUCUCUGACGUCAUUACGACCCGUGCCUUAUACACUCCACUCGUUUACGUGUUCUCACGUGGAUGGUCUGUGACCUCGACCGUUGUACGUUUUCAUUUACGAGUGCUGUUAUGUAGGCCGAAUUAUUCACCCACCGGGGCUGCGUUAACUCGCGCGCCUCCUGCGGUGCAUGGAACAUUGGGUGGCAACACCAAAGCUGAAAGGCUGCCGGGAGCUUGGGGGUCAACAAUUAUAGUGCUCAGAAACAGAGCUUCAAGCUAGAGCAGGCCCUUCAGAAAGAUGAGGUGCUGCUGUACGUACACUUUAAAAACUAUGGGUGGGGGGGGGGUUAAUUGUAUUGUGCCCAGAAUCUCUAGCAGCACCCCUGCCCUGGUCGCCUCUCAGUAGAGUAGAGAUGUUUCUCCCUAGAACAGGAGCGUGACCCAGGACGUAUACCACCUGGUGUCAGCAUGGAGAUUCAUUGGGAGAUGUUUUGCACACCAUAUGCACCAUGUUAAAAAAAAAUUUCAAAAACAGCAACAACAACAACAACAAAAAUAACUAAAUCAGGAGUAGCUUGGAUGAGGCUAUUUGUCAGAGCAGAGAUGGAUGCUGUUUAACAGCCAGGCAGGCCAGCCGGCCGUGCCAUGCCGUCAAGUCUGAGUGCAGUUUAGUGGAUGUAGAGGCCCAUCAGUGCGGGGCCAAGGCAGUAUCUAUCUCUUUAUGGUGUUACAGCCCCUCCAUCGCUCCUUGGGGGCCUCGCCACUCAGAAUAUGUCACUUUUGCAUUAUUUCUAUUCUGACGCUCUUCUUCUUUUUCUCCCUCGAAGUUCUUUGCUCCACAUUAUGUUGUCCAAGACGUGUCGGGUUUCUCCCUCCCGGGCAGAGAGGAAGCCACCGACUAGCGCAGGACGUCUCAUGUUAGUGUGCAAUAUUGUGUGCGUGCCAGACGCGGCAUUGCAUCACGUGUAUAGACUAUUAAUAGACGAAAAAAAAUGUAUAGGCUAUGUGAUCGGUAGAUAUUUGAAAGCAUGACGAUGAGGUUGAUGCAUCUGCAUUAUGUUUCCAAAAUGUGAAGUCUUUCUUCUCAUGCACUUUGGUCAAAGUGAUAAAAACGUCAGACUCGUAGUGAAAUAUUUUUCCUGUCAUUGUUCUGUAAACCGCCUAUUAGUGUACGUAGACUAGUGAGGGUGUUUAACGUCCCCCUACGGAGUCCCCCCAGAGAAAAGCCCUUUCCCUCCUCGGUCCUCUCCAACACACACACACACACACACACACACACACACACACACACACACACAGACAGACAGACAGUCAACAGCCUCUAACUGUCUCCAUGUCAGCCUCUCUGCAGUGGCCCACACUGGAGUUGAGUAGUAUCUUGGGGCUUGGGUCCACGGCUGGCUGACACACACACACACACCGUCAUAGUCUCCCUGUUGAGGCCUCUUGUCGCUAUCUGGGCGUUUGGGAGGCCGCUAAAGUAUUUUGAAUGGUGUCUAGAACUGCACAAGGCCUCCUGUCACGAGUAGCCAGGAAACUGUGUGUUUGGAAUCUGAGUGCAACUGAAACUACGAUUUGACUUUUGCUCGUCUGCGGUUUCACUUGAGCUAGGCGAUAGUGAUCGGCCUCAAACGGGCCCGACGCACAGAGUUUUGUUGUUGUUUCUACAAUGAGGAUCUCGAUCCUUCCCUCUUACGUGGGCAGACUCUGAUCUCAGGUCUGCUCCUCUUUUUCCAGCUCAUGACUCAAUGUGUCAAAUAGAAGGCCCUGGCUCAUUGUCCUUGCGGUAAUGAGGUAACACUGAAGUGCUAGUUUACGAUUAUCAAUAUGCUCUAAGUGGUUGGUUAACCUAUCAGCUUUAUUUAAAGCAGGGUGGCCUUCAAUGCGACGAAGGGGAAACAGGCUGUAUGGAUUGCAGCUUCAGAGGCCUCAGCUGAAUAAACGCAUGCUAAUGUGGUUACGGCCUGGGCCUGUGUGACAGCUGAGGCGAUACUGAAGCAGAAUUCCCCCUUAUCAGAAGUCCUAUUGAAUCCGAGCUUCUUAAAGGUUGAUCUGCGUUCGAUUGUGCAUGCCUGCGGCAAAUAGUGCCAAGAAAAAUGUUCCAGAAAAUCCCAUCUGUUCCACACAGGACAUUUUGGCCCAGGUUUGUCUCCGAGUGUUGGUGAAAGGCCUGAUGAAGCCUGGCACUGCACUGUCGGGGCUUACCAGCAGCGGCCUUACCGCGACCUGCUGACCCGGCUGUCGGACACAUCCAGUUAGGCCUUUUCUCUCUGUUUUGGAGAAGAACAGGGAGCCUCUGUGCCCUCUUACAGAGACGACUACAUUUCCUCACACUGCCCUUUGAAUUAUAAAAAGCCCAUUUCUAUUAAACACACAUACAAGCCACCUGUGACUGUGUCCAGGCAACGCACAUCUGAGGUCAAUCUGAGUUCGUCUUGAGUCUGGACCCUCUGUUGUGAUACAGCACUUGUUCCCCAACGUGUUCCAGCUUUAGCAUUAUUGAAUCCAGGCCUCCAGGAGGCUCGUGCUUCACGGACGAUGAGAAAUACAACACUUUCUUUCUCUUUUUCCGUAAUGGCCAAACAUAAGGAGAGCCUGAACCUGCUCAUGGAGUUCACUUUGUGAGUGCCUCACUCUGUGAAAUGCACACAUUUCCUGAAAGAUUAAACGACGUGUUGUUGUGUUACAGAGCGUAAUAGCCAGGUGCUACUGGGUCAGUUGUGCUUUUUCCGUUUUGGGUCGUCGUUCUAUCGAAUUACAGAGGAAAGACGCUCUUGUGAUUUUGCUGAAGACAGUGUGAUCAAAUCAGAUUCCUCCAUUUACGAGCGCUCACCCGGUGUCGCGGCAGAACCGGGAGUGACCUUGCAGCCAUGUUGUGCCCCCGUUACACAUUCAUCCAUUCGUGAGACUCAAAUGCAAAAUGGUAGGCAGAUUUUCUUUUGUCUUGCUUUCCACGUAGAGCGUCAGCGGUCAAGCUGUGUGCUGUCCUCAGUGGCUCUGGCAAAGUUCAGUGAACAUUGGCGACGGUGCACCGAAGCUGUUAGCAUCCACAAGAAUGACUUUCUGAUUUAUCACACAGCGGCAGCCAUCGUAGCAAUCCUGAAUCAUGAUGUAAUGCUGCCUUUUGUGUGUUAUUACUGCAGUGUUUUGUUCAAUUGUAUUCAAAAGAGCUUCUUUUUUUGUUUGUUGCUCAAACAAUGACUAGACCAUUCCUUACACAU